AUGCUCCUCUCCCUCCCGCUCCUCGCCACCGCAUGGUCUCAGCCCAGGAGCUGCCACGCACGGCUUCCCCUCACUUGCGAGGCGCUGCAUUGGCCGCGCGCAGCCAGCGAUCGACCACCCGUCAAGAUUGUGGACGCCUUUGCCUUCAACGGCGAGUGGGACAUGCUUGAGCUCCGCCGCAGGGAGCUCGCAGCAUACAUCAACGCGACCGCCAUCGUCACCUCGGGUGUCAAUUUUCACGGCCAGCCCCGCCCCGAACCUCACGUGACGGUGGACAGCGUCGCGGGCAAGCUGACGCGGCUCAGCCUCCCGCCUUCCGCUUUUAGCGUGUGCAGUGCUAGACUGGGUUCACCACGCAACCGGGCGGAGUGCCGGCUCGCGGUGUCGAAGAACUCGGUCGCCCUCGCCGUCGACCGGGUGGCGGACAUCCAAGCGAGCGACUGGGUCCUCUUCUCGGACCCGGACGAGCUGCCGCUGCCAGCCGUCCUGAGGCUGCUGCACACGUGUGAGCCGCCGGUUGCGGUGACUACUAGGCGGGGCGCAAAAGUGGCCGAUGCCCCAGCGACAGUGGUCAUCAAGCUGACAGCCAUCGCUCACUAUCUCUACCACGUGGGCUGCGUCGCCAACACUAGCCUCUGGUAUGGAGCGCGCGGCCCGUUUCUCGUGCGGGUGGGGACGAUGCGGAGGUAUGGCCUGCGCGCCUUCCAGUUCGAGCCGAAAAAGUACCGCGGCUGGGGCGUCUACAACGGCUUUGGGCCGUACGCCUCUGCUUACGACUACCAGCGCACACAGCUCUUGAUCCCGUGCGCCGCGUGGCACAUGAGCUCCUUUGGGGGCGCGCCGCUGGUGGCGAAAAAGGUGCGUGACAACAAGGACCGCGCCCACGAGCCGUCGAGCAGCGACGUCCGCCACUGCCGAGAGGCAGGGAACCGCGACCGCCAGGGCCUCGUCGUGACACCGCGCCGCCCGGCACGCGCCUACCCCGACGUGCCUGCCUCUGCGCAUAGCGACCCGCGCCGCUUUGCGGUCUUUUUCGAAGCCCCUUCCUUCAAAAGGAGGAGACAGCUUUCUGCGAGACGAGACGAGUAUGGAGAGACGGAAAAGAGGGCUUUUGAUCGUUCUUGA